CACACUUUGAAAAGAAACUUCAACCAACGAUUAGAGGAGGAAGAGUUAAAACGUUUAGAGUGUGUGCAUCGUGAAAUCGGUCCGAGAAGCUUCAAACACGGCCAGGAGUCAUGAGUCUUUCCAAACCUAUCCACAAGCUUUCACCGGAUCUGUUUGAGAGGAGCGGCUCUGUGGAAUCUAAAUUCAACAAGACCACUCUCCUCUUUGAUCUACAGAAGAGACGCCGGGAGGACGAGGGGCUUACAGCAGCGUUAGAGGAGCGCGAACAGAAGUUGGAGAGCUUGCACCAGUGCAGAGAUGAGUUGCACAAGGUCCACCAGAAAGUGCAGGAGUUAAAAUCAAGCUUCGAUACAUUUCUCAAGAAUGAAGAUGCUGAUCGAGCUGUUGAGAAAGCAGAGAAGGAGAGGGAAGAGGUACUCCAAAAAACCAAAGAGAUAGAGAGGCUCAAGAAGGAAAAGGCUGAACUUAUAGAGGGGAGUCAGCAGCUAAAACUUGACGUGCAGAGUCACACUAUUUACCAGGACAUCCUGGAGCAAAUGGUGAAAUUGACUAAGUUCAAAGAUGUGGACUUGCUCACGGAUUAUGUGGAGAGUCUUCUCCGCUUGAAAGACCAGCUCUCUGUGAGGGAGAGAGCGGUGCAGGAGCAGGUUUACAACAUGAAAAAAGAACUGGUGGCACUGAAUGACCAGCAUCAUUUGCUGCAGCUGCAAAAGAACAAUGAACUGUCCCAGCUCCAGACUGAGCUGGACGACACGCGCUCUGAAACUCUACUCUGGGAAAGGAAGUGGACCCAAAUUCAGGAAACUGCUGCAAAGAAGACUCUUCAGCUGGGACAAAUUAAGAUUGCAAUCCUAAACCUCUUUGAAAUGACAGGUGGCACAUCAUCUGAAGAAGAAGAAGAAGAAGAAGAAGGAGAAGGAGAAGGAGAAGAUGGUGUCGAUUUGAAUGACGCAGAGAAACAGCUGGACAAGAUCAUGGUGUUCAUCCACGACUAUGCAAACGUAGUGAAACAACAUCAAACUCCCUUGCAACAUCAGACCCUCUCCACACUCACCGAUGUACAGAAAAGUGACAGUGAUAACGUGCGAGUCACAACUCGCUCUAAACAUGUUUCAGUUUGAAAUAAAACAUAAGUUUCUAUGCUGCUUUAAAACAGAAUUCACUGAACCAGUAUUGAAUAGCUGAUUAAAGUUUGUUACUCUGUGAGUUAACUGAACUUUAAACUUGAUGACAAAGAACUUCAUUAAACUGAAAACACUGAGGAAUGCACCAGUCACCACCUGACUGAUUAUUUUGACAAGGAUUCCUAUUUGGAUGAGCUUUACAAUUACUGUUGUUAUUCUGUCAGUAAUGAAAAAGUAUAAGGGUUGGGUGUAAUAUUGAUAGACAUAGUGGGCACCUGUCCAAAUUAUGGUUUUGGUUGUUUUCAUUUGAAUUUAGAAUAUAGACCUAUGUGGCUGACCAGAGACACUCUUUUUUAAAUAUUGUGUGUUCAGAAACCUUCCUUAAUAUUUGGUUGUAUUCAACUUUGAAAUCCUAUUCAUUUUUACACAGUGACAGUCCAAGGUUCAUGUAAAAGAAGAAAUGGUUUUGUUAACAUCUGUGUAUUGAUACAGAGCAUAAAGUUGUGUAAAAUUGCACUGUUGUGUGUGUGACAAGGUUACAAGGGUCAAAAUUUGUAUUUCUCAGUGUAAAACACUGGGAAUGUUGUGUGAAAUUUACAGUUUUCUCUAUAUCUGUAUACUGACAUCCACCAAACGUUUCUUUUUUCACUGUUUGUAUUUAACCUCACCAGUGGCCAUUUGUUCAUAGAUUUGAAUCACUGUCUUUUUUAAACAAAUACUCUUUGCCACAAGCACAUUUAUUAUUUUUUUGCCUCCCUCAGCAGCCAGCUUGGUCUGUGUUUGUAUGGAAUGUUCACAGCUAGAGUGAUUGACAUCACACACAAGAGUGGGGAGAAGCUGUUUAACUGAUCUGAAAAAUUUCAGUUUACCUCGUCCUCACGGCCACAAAUUUCAACAUGUAAAUGAAAAGAAAUGAAAAGGAGGGAGGUAAGGUAAUUAGGUAAAUUUAGUGGAGUUGUUAACAAGAUAUCUGAAAUGUGACCCUGACUACACUCUGCUUUUUGUUAGAAGCCAUAAAGGUUAUCAACCACUGGUUUAAUCUUAAAAAAUGUGUUGUAUUUUAAAAGCUUAUUAUAGUAUUCAUUGUGUAACAUUUUCAUCUUAAAAGUAACUAACUACAGUUUUAAAAUAAAUGUAGCCUAGUGGAGUAGAAAGUACAUUUCCCUGUGAAAUGUAGUGGAGAGAAAAAAUAAAGUAGAAUGAAAUACUCAAGUAAAGUAUAUAUACCUUGAAAUUGUACUGUACAGUCCUUGAGUAAGUACAUUUAGUGACUUUACACAAUUGGUAAGUUGUUUGUAGACCAGCUCCUCGUUGCAAUUAACAGGCCUUGAUUAUAGGUUCUGAUAUGGUUCUGAAAGUGGUAACUACACAUACAAGUUAACUGAUUUUAACUUGAAAAAUACUGUAUAUUUAUCAUAAUUAAAUUAAUUAUACUGUUGCUCCUGCUGUCUGCAUGAUGGCCAAAUGAAUCCAAGGUAAUGUUGAUGUUGUUAAUUGAUCAUUUAGAAUGUAAGAGCCUGUACUGUCACCAUGUGGCCAUUAAAGAAAACAGCAACUGGUAUACCCAAUGAAUGAAUUCCAUUUUUUAUAUAUUUUGGCCAGUUUUCAGUUU